CAAAAGAGGCGCAUUUUUAUCCACCAGAGUUUGUCUCGUUCUGCUCUCAUAACAGACUCGAAAUUCCUCUAUAAAUCCCAUUUCAGCCUUCAAAACCAUUACAGAUUAUCUUCCUGUAUAAAUCCCAUUUCAGCCAUGAAAACCAUUACAGAUUAUCUUCCUGUAUAUAUCCCAUUUCAGCCAUUAAAACCAAUACAGAUCAACUUUCUGUAUAUAUCCCAUUUCAGCCAUUAAAACCAAUACAGAUCAACUUUCUGUAUAUAUCCCAUUUCAGCCAUUAAAACCAAUACAGAUCAACUUUCUGUAUAGAUCGUUCUGGUCUUGAUGGGUAACGUACUGCGAGGAGUUCUAAAGAACGAACGUCGUCGACGAAUAAGAGUUAUGAAAGUCGACGGAACGGUGAUAAAAUUGUCGACUCCUGUGUCUGUUAAGGAAAUUGUGGGCAUUCAUCCAGAUCAUGGGGUUUUCGACGCAGAAUCUGUUCGUCGACUGGGGAUUCACAGUCAACCUCUUCCAGAAAGAUCGGAGCUUCACGGCGGUCGACUGUAUUUUCUGAUUCCUCUUCCUCAAAAUCCAAGGCCUUUUGCAAGGGCCUCUUCUGACAAGAUUCUUACUGCGGCUUCUAGGUCCCGUCAAUUGCAGCUUUCUCGCAGAGCUCUCUCUAACAGAGAUUUGACGAAAGGAGAGUUUGAUAGAGGGGUGCAGAUUUUUUCUUCGGGUGUUGAUGGAUCGACUAUGCGUGUGAAGCUUCGUCUUCGCAAGGAUGAGCUUGCAAAGUUUCUGUCCGGAGACGGGAAGUCUGUGGUGGAAGAGCUUGUGGGUCCUGCGAUCCAGCAGGCUAUGGAAAAGAAGCAGGGAGUUUCGAUCUCGCGACCUCCCAGUUUUGGGUGGAAGCCUAGUUUGGAUAGCAUCUCUGAAUCCAAAAACGCUAGUCCAGUAACAUCUUCAAAUCAUUUGGUCUUGUAAUUUGCUUCACUUUCAUGCAACUUAGAGGAUUUUUUUUCCUUUUUUUUGACUCAUCUUAGUUGUUCUUUUGAUUUUUUAAAGUCUUUUUCUUUUUUCCCAAAGAUCUGCACUUGUCCAAUACUGUGAAUUUCUUUGGGUAUAAAAGAAUCGGCUAAAACAAAUCAAAUGACCGUUUUAACACAGAGAGAAACAAGAACAAGGAAAUCUUCAACAUAAAAAGAAAAUGGAGGGCAUAGGAUUCCAUGAAAUUUGUACUACACAGUGCCAAGGCACGUCCGUCUCAAUAAAGGAGUUUCGAAAA